AUAAUGUUAACAAAUAAAAAAAAACUUUUUCGUUCUUUCGUUACGUCAAAAAAGUGUUAGUGAUUUAAAAUAUUGUGAUUUAUUUUGGGGAGUUUUCUGUGGUUUUAUUACAUGUUGAAAGUAAAGAGGGUGCAAUGAGUAAGCCUAUGUUUAAAUAAUGACUAUAUCAAUGAAAGAACAAGGUCAGAUGCCUGGGGAGAUGGCAUUCCCCGAGGCAAAGUUAAAAGCUUUAGAGGAGAAGAUAUCCCAUCCACGUUGGGUUGUGCCAGUGUUACCGGAACAAGAGUUGGAGGCGUUGCUCACAGCUGCCACAGAACUCGCUGCUAAAGGUGAAGAUGUAAACCACAUGGCAUGUCAGCGGUUUUACAAUGACGCACUGUCUGUGUCGUUUACGAAGAUCCUGACUGACGACGCAGUGUCCUCAUGGAAGAACAACAUACAGCAGUGUGUACGCUCCAACUGCGAGAAACUUGUCAAACUUAGUGCAAUGAAAUUGGACGAUCCAAGAUUCUUGCAUUUAUUGUCUAUGGUGUUCAACCCAAAUAAUAAAUUCCACACAUUUAACGUGUCUCGCACGUCCGAAGGUUUGUCUGUGUCGUGUAACUCUGCAGGACAGGGGAGUACACAGGAAGUUGAGGUGUUUGCUAGGUCUCAGGACCAUCGCACUCCUAGGGGAUGGCUGGUACAUCUCAUCAAUGUUUUUGGUCAAGCAGGUGGCUUUGUCAAAUUGAGAGAGCGUUUUGAAGCAAUCAUGGGUUUUCAAAAACCCGAUUUAACAGCAUCUAUAAACUCCGAGGAAAAACUAUCAAUCGAGUUGACGGAGAAGGAGAGUGAGGAGAACACUUGUGACAAAGUUGACAGUACUGAGGACACACCACUGAUAGCUGACAACAGUGAGAUGAGUACGUCGUCGCGCACGGAGCAGCCGUCGUCGCUGGAGCAGUCGACGAGCGGCGAGAGUCGCGUGGCGGCGGUGUGGCAGCUGCUGCGGCCGCUCAGUCUGUGCCACGACCUGCUCACUACGCACACGGUCACCACGUAUUUACUGCCCGUGUUGGAAUGUAUACCGACAUUAUUAGAAAGCCUUACCGAUGAAGAGCUAAAGAGAGAGGCGCGUGGUAGUGAAAAUAAGACUGACACAGUAUCAUGUUUAAUUCGAGCAUGUAAAUAUGUCUCAAUUAAGACACCUCACCAUCACAACCUACUCAAAUCACUGGAAAUGUUCCGUUUGAAAAUGAUAUUGCGAUUGUUACAAAUGUCAUCAUUUAAUGGUAAAAUGUCGGCGCUGAACGAGAUCAAUCAGCUCAUCAGCACGUUCUCACAGCAACCGAAACCGGAAUGGCUCACGCCCGCAGUCAUUACGAACUGGAUCCGAGAGAACAAAGUGGUGGACAUAGUGUUACGCGACUCUCUUCAUCAGCCUCAAUACGUGGAUAGGUUAGAGAAAAUGCUCAGGUUUAUGAUAAAAGAGAACUCUCUGACACGGGAUGAUCUAGACGCCAUCUGGAAGGCGCAGCACGGCAAGCACGAGGCGAUCGUGAAGAACCUCCACGACCUGUUGGCCAAACUCGCAUGGGACUUCACGCCUGACCAACUCGAUCAUCUGUUCGAUUGUUUCAAGGCAAGUUGGGCCACAUCUAGUAAAAAACAAAGUGACAAAUUACUUGAAGUAAUUAGAAGACUUGCAGAAGAUGACAAAGAUGGAGUGAUGGCGAAUAAGGUAUUGGUGUUGUUUUGGAACUUGGCCCAUUCAGACGAAGUUUGUACUGAGAUAAUGGAUGUCGCGCUCGCCAACCUCAUCAAAAUUUUAGACUACAGCUGCAGCCAGGACCGAGAUGCACAGAAAACAUACUGGCUUGACAAAUGUGUAGAAGAACUAAAAACCAAUGAGAAAUGGGUACUGCCGGCGCUAAAGGUGAUGAAAGAAAUAUGUUGUUUGUAUGAAGCAGGCGGGGGCACAGGCGUCCGCCCUCACGUCACCAGGCAGGAACUCAUUGACCGGCUGCAGACGCAACACUCGCUCGUCAUACUCGUCACUGACUCGCUCACCAACUACAUGGACGGCGUGCGAACUAAACUGGCCGAGGAAGGUGAAAUUGCUUGGGACACCUGGCUGUCUGAUGGGAGAUACUUGCAUGCAGCACAAGUACAUGAAAGACUUGGUUUUCUUAGAUUCCUCUUGAAGGAUGGCCAGUUGUGGCUGUGUGCUGAACAAGCAAAACAAAUUUGGGUGUGCCUCGCGGAGCGACCCGCUCAGUUGGGUGACCGCGAGGCUUGCUUUCGUUGGUUCAGUAAACUGAUGGGAGAAGAGCCUGAUUUGGAUCCCAACAUUAAUCUGCAUUUUUUUCGUCGAAACAUUAUGACAUUGUCACCCAACUUGUUAACGCAUGCGGGAAUAAAGUGUUUUGAGAGGUUUUUUAAGGCUGUUAAUUCUAAAGAAGGAAAACUUAAAAUUAAGCGGCGAAGCUUUCUACUUAACGAUGCUGAUCUCAUAGGAUUAGAUUAUUUAUGGAGGGUGAUCACGGAGUGCUCGGACGAGAUCUCCGCGCGCGGCAUCGAGCUGCUGCGCGAGGUGUGCACGUGCGUGGGCCCGGCGCUGUCGGCGGCGCUGCACCACGAGGCGUUCCUCACGCACUGCUGCGCGCGCACGCAGCGCAUGCAGCGCGACAUGGACCAGCUCGAAGACACCAGUGAAGCCUGCACGAGAAUGUGCAGGGUUAUCCGUGCCAUACAGGAAUAUAUUAAUGAAUGUGAUAGGAGAUUCUCAGCAGAGCGGCAAAUAUUACCGAUUUACAGAUCGGGCCGAGGCAGGCAGUGUACAAUUAUUGUAAGAUUUAGUUUUCAGACAGGCCAAAGACAAGUUGAAGAUAUUGAAAUGUUUUCGCAUUCGAAUGAAACCUUACACUCUUUGCGCACUACAAUACAAAGGAGGUUAAAAGGUGCUUCAGAGAGUAACAUAAAAUUAGAACUUUAUGUAAACAAAUUAGAACUUUAUAUAAAUGGAGAGUUGUUGGAUUCUAGUCACGACAGAAAAAUCCUUUCCCAAAUACCUCUCCGGGAUAAGACUAUUAUUGUUGCUAAGGUGUACGACGGGCAAGUGUGCGGUAGCGGCGGCUGCGGUUCUUCCAACGAGUCGAGCAGCGACUCUAGUACUUCAUCGCCGCCUUUUUCUCCUACUCCUGAACACGCUUUACCUGGCGUGCUGUUUGCGCAAGGUUCAUGGUACAUACCAUUCAUAUUGGAAUUGGAACACAUUGGCAUCACAAAAGGACACGGACCUCUGACGGAAGCCGCGCAUCUACUCUCACAGAUCUGUCCGGCGCACAAGCACACGGUGGAGAAAUUAACAGAGGCGUUACUUAGUAGAGACGAUACGAAACUGAGGGAUAUGUUGUAUGGUCCGGCGCCACCAACCGUCGCUUACAAUAUUGAGGUUUUAUACAGCAUGGUGAUGCCUUCGUCAGACACGCGGCUAGACAGGUGCCGCAGCUUCCAACUGGCCUGCGCAAAGAAAGCACCUCUCCUGGUACAAUGUUUGUCAAGUAAAGAUUUUUUGCAAGGUGCUGCACCGCAUACGCGCAGAGUCGGCUUUUUAGCACUAGUGAGGUUAUCAAAAUUAGUACUCUAUACCCUGGGAUAUCUCUUUGAAAUACUCGCACCGGAUGGAUCUGAUAUUGCUGUAGACAAAGAGUUCAGGACGGACAUUACUAUAUUGAGGGAAGCAUUACAGACUGUACCUAGCCAAAAUUGUGAGUUGAUUAUUAAAGCAAUAUCUGAGAAAUUGGCAAACUCACUAGGUGAACAGGUUGUAAUUAGCGGAGAAGACAGUGAUUCAAUAUCAUCACUUGUAUGGUGGCGAGUUCCUACAAUGGCCACGGUGCGAUCGUUAUACGCAUUAGCUUAUUCAGUCGCGCAGCCUUCUGAGAUCAGUGGGAUAGUGCACCCAGAUGAUGUCACCUUGGUUAGAGAAUCAAUGGAAGUGGUAACAAUAUGCAUGGCACUCGGCGGCGGGCGCCUCGAAAUGUUGCUGCAAGAACCUUGGUGGCAGGACACGGCGCUGUACUUAAUGAUUGACUGCCCUAAUCCACAAGUGCGAGUGUCGUGCGCGGAGCAGCUGCUGGCGAUGUGUGCGUGGGGCGGCGGUGGGGGCGCGCGCGCUGCGCUGGCGGCGCUGGGCAGCGCGGGCGCGGCGGGGGGCGCGGGCGGCGCGCGGCUGCAGCGGCACGCGAGGCACGCGCAGCAGUUUCUGCAGUUGCUGUGCCGUCUCGUGUCGCUCGCCGGUCCCACCGAGCGGACGCUCGACGACCUGGCGCUAGAAGUGGUGUGGCUGCGGAGUGUUCGCACGCAUCCUGACUCGGUCGACGACAUUCUGCUCGAGGGACAUCUGAACCUCACUAAAGAGUUAUUUACUCAUGUCCCGGCGCAAGUCAAAUACCAGUAUGGUGCGCAUCCUGAUCACAAGGAUUCCGGAUUAAUAAAAGAAAUCACGACCGAGUUUCUGUGGCCGUACUCGUGGGCGUGGCACUGUGGCGCGACGGCCAGCGGCGACGGCGGCGGCGGGGCUGGAGGCGGCGAGGGCGCGGGCGAGCCGGCGCCGCCUCUGUGCCGCUCGCCGGGCGCCGCGGCCGCCGCCACCGACCUGCUGCUGGCGCUGGUGCACGGCUGCGUGCCCAACAUGGCCGCGCUGGCUGACCUGCUCGAGAACAUGUUCUACAGCGAGAAAUGCAUGCCGCUGUCGGAGUGGGAGUACAUGCCAUGCGUGGGUCCACGUCCGCCAGCGGGGCUUGUGGGGCUGAAGAACGCGGGCGCCACCUGCUACAUGAACUCCGUGCUGCAGCAGCUCUACUGUGUGCGCGCCGUGAGGGACGCGCUGCUCACCGUGCAAGGAGCUGUAACCGAUCCUAAUGAAGACUUUUCAGGUGAAAGUCACCAUCACUCCAUAAUGGAAAAUAAUAUUGAGAACAAUGCAGAUUACAAUAUAAUAAUUCUGAAACAAGUUCAGGCUAUAUUUGCACAUUUACAUUAUAGUAAACUGCAGUAUUACAUACCUAGAGGACUGUGGGCUUAUUUUAGACUGCAAGGGGAGCCUGUAAACUUGCGAGAACAACAAGACGCUGUGGAAUUUUUCAUGUCUUUGGUUGAAUCCCUAGACGAAGCUCUCAAAUCACUUGGUCAAGAACAACUUAUGGCCAAAACUAUGGGGGGAACUUAUUCCGAUCAAAAGAUCUGUAAAGGCUGCCCUCACAGGUACUGCAAAGAAGAGCCGUUUAGCGUGGUGUCGUUGGACAUAAGGAACAUGUCGCGAUUGCAAGAGUCGCUUGAAGCCUACGUACGCGGCGAACUGCUUGAAGGAGCCGACGCUUACCACUGUGAUAAAUGCAACAAAAAGGUAGUAACAGUGAAGCGAUUGUGUCUGAACAAACUACCUCCCGUGCUUGUUAUACAGUUGAAGAGAUUUGAAUAUGACUUUGAAAAAGUGUGUGCAAUAAAAUUUAACGACUACUUCGAGUUUCCGAGAGAGUUGGAUGUCGAACCGUAUACUGCGUGGGGCCUGGCGCGUGCGGAGGGCGACUCGACGCUGUGGGAGGGCGCAGACGACGCCGCGCCCGAGACGCACUACCAGCUCAGCGGCAUCGUCGUGCACUCGGGACAGGCGUCCGGCGGACACUACUACUCCUAUGUACUGCUCAGGGAUAACGGCAGCGAGACAGGUCGGUGGGUGAAGUUGGACGACGGCGACGUGUCGGAGUGUGGCAUGCACGACGACGAGGAGAUGAAGGCGCAGUGUUUCGGCGGCGAGUACAUGGGCGAGGUCUUUGAUCCCAUGUUAAAAAGGGUAUCUUACAAACGACAGAAGCGGUGGUGGAACGCCUACAUGCUGUUUUAUACAAGAAAAGAUACAAUAGAGACGACAGGACUUGAGCAUUAUAUCAAAAACCUGUCACUCAAGGAGAGCGUAAUUCCCAGACCGAUAUGGUUGUCAGUGCGACGAAGCAACAUAGCUUUUUCUCACAAUCAGGACCAGUUUAGUCUGGAACAUUUCAAUUUUAUGAAGAAACUAUGUUGCAUGCGGCUACAACUGGUGCACGGUUCACAGAGUGCCGUUUGGAGUCCAGAACACGAAGAGAUGUCGAUGUUAGCGGUACAGUUGGCAACAAAGUUUUUAUUCCAAGUAGGAUUUAGAACGAAGAAAACAUUACGAGGCCCCGCCGCCGACUGGCAUGACAUCUUGUGUCAACAUCUGAGGUGUUCCCAGGCGGUCAGGGCGUGGUUCGCAACGGAUCUUUUUAAACACCCACACAGGUUUUGUGACUAUUUCCUGUCGUGUCCUACUGGAGAGGUGCGAGUAGUGUUUAUGAAGAUCAUCGUCUUUUUGGCCCACUUUUCCAUUCAAGACCCGCCAGUGAGCAGCGGCUACGGGUCGUGGUGCUCGCGCGAGGAGGCGGGCUCGCUGUCGGACCAGCUGCUGUGCAGUGCGCGUGCGCUGGCGCCGCCGCCGCACGCCGACCCGCACGCGCUGCGACAUCUGCCGCUGCUCUUCAACCUCUUCCACACAUACGCUAUACUCGGACUCAACGAAAAACUGCAGUUGCUACGAUUAAAAAUCUUGGACAUUGUUCUCUCAGUCUGUAUGGAUGACUCAUCAUCAGCUCUUGGUAAAUAUCAGUACCCGGAAUCUGCCAAAAUUCAUCAGGUGGUGUGUGUUUUGGUACGUUGUUGCGACGUGAGCUCACGCUGCCAGUCUGCGGUGGCAGCGGAAGGCGUGUCGCCACUGCCCAACCCGUUCGCCGACCCGCCGCCGUCGAGCUCCUCGUCGGCGCUGGCGCCACGUCCUCAGCUUUCACCGGCCGCAGCUGACAUACUCUACAAUAGGACUGUGACAUAUAUGAAGAAGCUAACAGAAGAAUGUUGUGGAUGUGAGGAGGGUAUCAGAUUGCUGCAGUUCUUGUGUUGGGAGCACGCGGGUUGGUCGCGCGUGGCGCUUGCGGAGCUAUUGUGGCAGAUGGCGUAUGCGUACUGCCACGAGCUGCGCCGCCACGCCGACGCGCUCACCGCGCUGCUGCUCAUGGAGGACAGUUGGCAGCAGCAUCGCAUACACAACGUUAUCAAGGGUGUGUCGGAGGAGCGGCCGGGUCUGCUGGAGACGGCGGCUCGCGCGCGCGGGCACUAUCAGAAGCGCGCGUACGCGUGCGUGAAGCUGGUGGUGGGCGUGAUGUGCCGCGCGCCCGCCGCCGUGCGCGCCGUGCACGCGCAGACCGACGCGCGCCGCCGCUGGCGCCAGCUGCUCGCCUGGCUGCAGGAUGAACUCGACCGCAAGUACGGACCCGGGAGCUACGGGUCCUACGGAACCUGGUCUCCACCCGGAACAUCAAACGAAACUUCUAGCGGAUAUUUCCUCGAACGAAGCAACUCUGCAAGAAAGACACUCGAAAAAGCAUACCAGUUGUGUCCCGAGGAAGAGGAUGAAGAAGAAGAGGAUGCGCGGGAAACUGCCGAGGGUUCUGGAUCUGGCGAGGCAGGUGAGGACAGCGGCGAGGACGAAGAUCCGCCGGACGAGGAGGUGCGGCGCGGGCCCGUGACGCCGUCGCCCGCGCCCGGCGGGUCGAGUGCGCCCGGGCCGGUGCCCGCGCCGCCCGCGUCGCCCGCGGCCGCGCCCGCGCCGCACUCGUCGCCAGCACCACGCGACCCGCUGGCCGGCCUGUGAGUCGGCGUCCGCUCUGCGCUUAGCCGUAGUUUUGUUCUGUGAUGCUACCGAUAUUUGCGCCGCUGGCUGGCGCCGUGGUCGAGCCGUGGGACACGUCGCCAGGUGACCGGCUGAUAUUUUCAUUGUUUAUGUCGCUUGAUGUUCCUUCCGCUUUAAAAGUGAAUUGGUGUUUAUUUUCUCUUUGAAGUUUAGUCGCGUCGUUUUCGUCCUUUGUUUUUGUCGAGGCGUCUACGGUUGGCGCAUUUGACGACAUGUCUUUUUAAGGACAAAGUUGUGUACGUAGUCAUUUAAUUGGCUUAUGAUAAAAGUUACGUUUUGUAUAAUUAAUGACUGAAAGUAAAAGAAAAUACUGAAUAACUAUGUAUAAAUAUAAUCUUGGUAGAUUUUAAAAUAGGACACGCUUUAUUCGAAUUGGGUACUUGCCUAAUAUGUCUUAAUUUAUAUUCUAUCGAAAAUGUAUGACAUCCAAUAUAUAGUGGAGAAAGAAUUUUCAAAAUAUACUUAUUAUAAAUAAGUUGAAGGAAUAAUUAUAAUUAGGUAUAAAGCAUUGAAAUUUGGUGGAAGAAGUAGCUGUCAAAUAACAGAAAAGAGUUAAAUUGGUGAAUUGUGCCACCGAGCGCUACCGAUUAUAAUGCUGUAUACUUAGAAUGGCAUAGCGAGAUACUACGCACCCACUUUUGUUCACAACACUAUUUGCAAUAUGAAUAACUGUCUUAUUCUUAUCCAGUUUUGACGCUGAUUUCACAGAGGAAUUUCAUUUUUGUAUUAUUUUCUGUUACAUAUAAAAUAAUGUACAAAAGCGAACACAGGAAAGUACCCAAGUGUCGGUUUGUGAGUAAUCGCCUAGAUUUUUUUAAGUAAGUUUCUUUUUUACUUUGAAAGAAUUUAAACCUUAUUGAUAAUUGUCGAUGGAAUAAUUGUUAAACGUUCAAUAGCGUGAUUUUUUGUUCUUAUAACGUUUAGGUUGAAUAUGUUUGCCGUUUAUUAUGCUUAUAGCAAUUACUAUAAUAUUUAUUCAAUGUUUGGAAAGCUGGACUAUAAUACGCUUGUGUAUAAAUAUGGAAUUGUAGAUUUAGUUUUGAUAAUUUAUUCCAACGUAAUUAUAUUUUAAAAUAGAAAAAUACCUGCUAGACUAUUAUGUAAUGUAAAGAAAGCUCUACAGUAAGACGUUUAUCACGUUAAAAGUGCGUUUUGAAUGUCUAGGAACAGACAAUUGUAUCCAGAAACUACUUUACUAAUAAAUGUGGUGUAAUAAUGUUACCCUUAAUACAUUACCUAAUAAGUCUUAUGGUUCUCAUAAUGCACACACUAAGCAAGCACUACUUUUAAUAGUAAAGUGGUUAAUAUACAGGUGACAUACGGGUCGCCUGAAGUUCCAUAAUACAUAAAGGGCAGUAAAACACUAAUUGUUUCAGUUCUUUGAUGACUAAUUGGGAGCUUAUAAUAUACAAAGAUGAUAUAAUAAAAUGAUGUACGAAUGUCGUAAAGCUAAAUAAUAAUAAGGAUUAAAUAGAAUUUCCGAUAAUGCAUUUGAAAUAUUCACGCAUUUUAUGACGUUAUGUCGUUAAUUUUAUGUUCCAAAAAGGGCUUUAAAAGUGAAAAUUGUGCAGCAUUAUUACAUUACAUACAUGCUAGGUGCUAGCUUUUACAAGUUAGUCUAAAUUUUUUUGUUGUGUCUUAACGAUAAAUGGGGUUAUUAGAAGAAUUGAAUUUAAUAAUGCUUUAUCUGAUUUAACAGUAGGUUUGAAGAGUCAUGCACCAACAAAUUGUUUUAUGCAAAACUACCAUUCAAGAUUGAAUUAUAUCGAAGUUGCAUGAUUAUUAUUAUAGCAAGCCCAAUAUUCAAAAAUAUGUGCGCCUUUAUGCAUGGCAGGCAAUUAACGAAAUGAUUAAAUUCUUUUAAUUUAAAGAAGUAGUAAGCCCUGUAUCUCGUAAGCUUAUGAAUCGGACGGAAUUCAGGUAUUAAACAACUGCAACGUUCACAAUUCUUAAAUAAGAAGAAACACGUGUGUAUAUAGUAUAAAUUUUAAGGCCAACAGUACACAGUUUUGGCCUAACUGACAAAGUAGUGUUUGAUUUUUUUUUUUGCUAGAAGUAUUAUUAUAUUAAAAUUAGUGAAUAAUUCGAUGGAAAAUGUAGAUAUAGGUAUUAACGACUAGUCUAACAGGAAAAUGUUGCCACUACGUCAAUGUUCUGCUUUGUAAUAUAAUGUGUUAUUUAUUUUUAUACUUGGUCAUUGUAUAAAUAUGGUUCUUUUUUAGUAGCGGUAAAGUGUUGUAUGUAGCAGGCUAUCAGGCGAUGCACACGACAUUAACGAAACAUUGCUAAAGCGCCCGUAUAGUGAACACUAUACAGAUGUUAGAGUAAUUAUCAUAGUAACUUAUUAUCGUUUUCAUUACUUCGCGUUCUAGUAUUUAACCCUAAACCACCGUGAUAUUCUGUGAGUAUUUAAUUUCUCUUAGCACUAUCGUCAUUGAUAAGAUUGUUCUUACCAUUUUGGUCGCGUUGACCACGUGCCUUACUUUAAUUUUAUUUGCUCAAUGCUUGCACCUGAUAGUCUGUAAUGUUGGUCUAAUAAAGAGUUUUUUUUAAUGAUUCAGAUACGCAUUGGCAUUCACCCGAUGGCAAUUUCAUUUAAGUAGAUUAAAUUCAUUUUAAAAAAUAUAUUUCCACAAUAAUGGAGGUGAAUGCGUUUUAAACGUAAUUUUUAUAUUGCUUUAAACAUUUUAACAUUGCUUAUCACACACAUUUUUUACUAAAAUCACAAAUAACGUUUGAUAGAAUACAUAAUAGGAAUGUGAAUAAUUAGAGAACAGUCGAUUAAAUGCUGAUUGUUGUUAAUGUUAUUACCAAAGAUGGAAUUAUAGAUAGGGUAAAGUUUGAUGGUUCUUCUUAAAAUAGCUUAAUAAUUGAAAUGUUUUGUAUCUUUUAUAAAAUGCAAAGUUAACGACGUUGUGUUGAGCGGAAUUAUAAUGUGAUUGAUGUUAGGUUAGAUAGGAGGAAAUGGUGGAAUUCUAAAAGUACCAUUUUAACAUAAAUAAAUGAGCAAGAGUUUUAAAUGCAAAAUUUCCAUGAGCCCUGCGUAUGUUGGCCGAGUUAAGUUUUUAAGGUCAUCUGAAAUGUUAUCAUUUUUAUACGAGACUCUUAACGCUAUUAUUAAACUUAUUAAAAUAAUAAAUUAUGGAAACGAAGAAACCUUCAGAUAUCUCUUGUAAAUUAAGUCGCAAUACCUACGUUUUAUUAAAACUGUUAACUUAUACUCCAGUGUGUGAGGCAUUAUAAAUCUCAUUGGAACAUCGCAACAUUGUAUUGUACAUCAUUCUACGUGACGCGUGCAAAUAUUGUCCCAAACAGUGGAUUAUGUAUAAUUGAAGCGGUUUAUUAUAUAAGAUCAUUUGUGUUUUAUAUAACAUUUCUAUGACAAAAAUAUUACGAAAUAGCAUUUGACAUUAUUAUACAAGAAUGCUGACAGAAUAGCAUUCAUACAGAUAUUAUAAUAUUAAAAUCAGGAAAUAAAUUCGAAAAAUUUAA